GUUGAGCAUCCCUUAUUUCGCUAGCUUUAGACGCCUGUUUUCAUGUCGCUUUUUGUUGCUUUAUUGCAAUGGAUGUUACAAGUGAUGCUGGUUGUAGGGAGGCAAGCUGCUGUAAAAGAAAAAGAGCUUCGAAUUCGUGUGAUGAACGACGGAACCAAGGAGUUUCGAUAACUGUUGUGACUCUUCAUUCGAUUCUGGACGAUAAUUCGCGUUUAUUUGAAUUUCUGAAGAGUUCUGGUGUUCUUGCUGAUAAGUACAUAUGCGCUAGAUGCCUUAAGCCCAUGUCCUGUGUCAAGGUUCCAACAAAAAGAUCUAGUGAUGGGCUCAUGUGGCGCUGCCGAAAAGACAAAGUGUGGAGGUCAAUUCGUAAAGGCACGUGGUUUGAGAAUGCUAGGGUUACCAUUAGAGUUAUUGUUCUGAUGACAUACUGUUUCUGUGUACGCAAGUCUGUUUUAUCUACAAGUCUCCUGGCAGGAGUGAGCGAGACUUCUGUCCUCGACUGGUUUUUAUCAUGUAGGGAAAUUUGUUCAGCGUUGGUGAAGAAGAGAGGAAAAAUUGGAGGCCCAGGAGUUGUAGUUGAGGUGGGCGAAUCGCCAUUUGGAAGUGUUAAGAAUCAUAUGGGAAAGUAUUUACCAGAACUUUGGGUUUGGGGAGCUGUCGUUUGUGGGAAAGAACGUGGCGAACUAGUUUUGAAUGUGGUCGAGAGGAGAGAUGCAAGGAAUUUGCGAUGUCUUAUCGAAGAACACGUCGAGGAUGGGACUGUUAUAUGUUCAGACAAAUGGGAGAGUUACGAGGAUGAAGGGGAAGUGGACCUAGAGACUUUUGCAGCCGAUCACAAUUACCAGUUUCGGAAUAAAGUGGUUGGUAUCAUGGAGCAACAUUGGGAUGAAGUAAAAAGACUUGUUGGGAGAGGGAAGAGGCGCCGCAGUGGUUUGCAAAACCAUUUGGAUGAAUACGUUUGGAGGGAAAGUGUGUUUGGACACGAGUGUGUGUUUAAUUCUUUCUUGCAGAGUGUUGGAACACUUUAUGUUCCAUUUGUAGCAGACCCUGCAGUGGUAGUAGAAGGUACUACACCAGUAGUAGAAGACGUUACACCAGUAGUAGAAGAUCCUACAUUAGCAAUAAAGGACCCUACGCCAGCUGCCGGGAGGACUCUACCGACAGCAGUAAAUGAAUACCCUUUGCUGGCUGUGGCAGAUCAAUCCUCACCAGUUGCAGCUGCAGUGCAGCCAAAGGAGAGACCUGCGAGGCACAGGAAACGUGUUGUGCGUGAGGGUUCUUGGUAUCCCUCAACCCGUGAUCUUCACAUUGCAUACCUAGAAGAUUAGCACGAGGUUGUUGUUGAAGGGCUGACGUGGCUGCGAUGCUGUUUAAAUUGAGUAUAUGGUCAAAGACUUGCUACAAUUGGUUGGUCUUAAACUGUGUGGAGCAUUUUGUGCGUUGGCUCUUUCCUCGUUUGAACUGUCAGACUGCCAGCAUAAUGAAGACUAGGCAACUUUGUGGUUUUAAAGCUUCUCGGGGUGGCCAAUACUUUUAGUCCAGUGCAGUUCUCUGGCUCUACUAUCCCACAAGCAUAAGGAGCAUGGGUAUUUAGUAGAGCCUGCCUGCUGACCCGAAAGCAUAGAUUCUACAAAAUUGCAUUGACCCUGAAAAAUAAAUUUCACAUGUUUUUUCGGCAACGAAAUGACAAGAGAUAGCAAUAAAAAUAAAUCAGCCUGGGGACUUAACUAAUAAAAUAAAAUCAAUAUAAGCUGUUGAAAUGGGCUGACCUAAGGUAACUGAAAAUGGCUUUGGCCCAGGAGGAGAGAACUGAAGCCAUUUUGAUGUCUGGAGUGUGGAAUUUCUGCGUCAUAGUAGCAGAUUUUAACAACUGGCCCUCAGAAGCACCUCCAGGUUCGCAGUGCCCAAGAAGCCAUGUUAACCAAUCAGGAGAAGGCACAGAGUGUCCUGUGGUACCAUGAGACACGAUCACCAACCACAGUGCAGGAAUCCACCUGAUGUCGAGAGCAUUAAAGCCUGGUAUGAGAAGUUCAAGAACACAGGAUCGGUUGCUGACCUUCCGAGGUCUGGUCCACCGAGAACCUCAGCAGACAGGGUGGAAGCUGUAAGGCAGUCUUUUCUGCGAAGUCCGAAGAAAUCGGUGUGCAGGGCCUCGCGUUAAUUACAGAUGCCAAAAAGCUCUCUCCGUGACAUUUAUUGUUUCGUGCAUACAAAGUGCAAAUCGUUCAGGCCUUGUUGCUCAAUGACAGUAGACGUCGAUAUGACUUUGCGGUCGAAAUGCUAUCACGUAUUGAGGACGAUGACAGUUAUCUCAGACGAACUGCCUUUUCCGACGAAGCAACCUAUUUUGUCAGUGGAGUAGUGAAUCGCCAUAAUGUGGGCAUUUGGGGUUCACAACCCCCUGGCGAGGUCAGAGGCAGUCCAAAGGUGAAUCUUCGGUGUGCGCUAUUGCACGAUCGAAUUAUCGGGCCAUUCUUCUUCGCUGAGGCUACCGUCACAUCUGCAGUGUAUCUGGACAUGUUGCAACUGUAUGCUGUUCCUCAGCUGCUUCAGUAUCACCCCGAUGUCUUGUUUCAGCAAGACGGUGCACCGCCUCAUUGGGGUUUGGACGUCCGUUCAUAUCUCGAAAAGACCUUUCCCGGGUGAUGGAUUGGUCGUGAUGGGCCAACAGUUUGGCCUCCACGCUCUCCUGAUAUAACCCCAUUAGACUUCUUUUUAUGAGGUUAUGUCAAGGACGAGGUGUACCGAACACGUGUACCAGGUCUCGAAACCCUGCGGCAACGGAUAACCACAGUCGUCGAAUCGAUCCCUCCUGUGAAGUUGGCUAAUGUGUGGACGGAAAUCGAAUAUCGCCUAGAUGUGCUACAUGCUACUGAGGGUGCUCAUGUGGAAGUUUACUGCUGUGUGAAAAAAACUUUGAUAGUUUGUAAACAAUUAGACACCAGUUUCAUAUUUGUAUCUUACUUCUAGCCUGAGUUAUCAAGCUGUACUUUCUAAUACUGAGCUGAUUUGUGGAUACAAGAUUUUCAAUCUCUAGGAAAUUUAUUAUAUUUGAAUUCUGAAUAUGUUCUAGAAUACCGCAGCAAAUUGAUGUUUUGUGGGUCCAUUCUUUUAUCCUUUUUAGAUAAAAGUCACCUGCACUUUUUUUCCAGUCGUUUAGGAGUUUAUGCUGGGCGAGAGACUUGUGAUAAGUGAAAGCUAAGUAACGGGUCAAUGCUGUAGUGUACUCUAUGUAAAACAGAACUGGGAUUUCAUCCACAUCUGGCGACUUACUUGCUUUCGACUCUUUCAGUUGUUUCUCUACGGCAGGAAUGUUUAUUACUACACUGCCAAUACGGGAGUCUGUGUGACGGUUAAAUGACAGUAUAUGUGUACGAUUCUCCUGCACAAAUGAUUUCUUAAACACGGAAUUUAAAAUUUUGGCUUUAGUUUUGCCAUCUUCAACUGGCGCAGCAGACUGGUCGAGGAGCAACUGGAUCAAAGCCUUAGACCCAAAAAGUGAUUUUACACGGGACCAGAAUUUUCUCACCUUCUCGGCUAGAUCUCUCGCUAAGGUAUAAUGGUGGUAGUUGUCGAACACUUCGUGCGUAGAUCUUUUUACAGACACGUGAAUCUCUAUUAAUCUUUGCCUGUUGCCAUUUGUGCUCUCUCCUUUGAACCGAGAGUGCAACAGCCUUUGCUUCCUCAGCACUUCCCUUCCAAAUUUUGUUAUUAAACCCUGGUGAGUUUUUUCCAUUUGUAAUCCACUUACUACACACCUAGUUCUACAGAUCAUGAUUUACAAUAUGUUUAAACUUUGCCCAUAAUUCCAUCCAUCAUUCUGUAACUAAAUGAUUACAGUUCAUUGUCUAUGUGAGAUUCUAGCUGCUUAUCUGCUCUUCUUAGCAGAAAUACUCUCCUAGCCUUCUCGACUGAUUUAUUAACUUUUGUAACUACAGUCGCUAUAAUGACACCGUUAUUGCUAGUCCCCGUUUCUAUACUGGCACUGUCGAUGAAGUCCGGCCUAUUAGUUGCUACGAGAUCUUAAGAUAUUUCCAUUGUGUGUGGGCUGCUCCCCAAGACACUUUUUGGAAAACGUGUUCAAAAGUACUUCGGAAGACUGUCUGUCUGCAUCUCCCGCAAUGAAUCCACUGACGUCCCAAUCUAACUCGGUAGGUUAAAGUUACCUCCAGCAAGUACCGAGCAAGCCUGCGACAACAUUCCGUCCGAGGCAAUACGAGAGGAGCCUGUGACGACACACUGCCAGAAACAAUACAAAAGGUACAUCACUCUGUUCUGUUGUCACUGAUAAGCAUCAGUCAUUGUGAGGAUAUACCACCUCAAGUUUCACCUUAAUUUAUGUAACACUAAAAAAUUAUCUUUUAUAUCA